UUCUGAUUAUGGUAUUGAUGAAAAAUUUAUCACAAUCAACAGAUGAUAUGAUUCAUCCAAUUGAAAUUAGAGGUUCUAAAAUACAUCUUUGGAAUUUGCCAAUACAAUCAUUUUUCGCUCCAGAGGUUAAAUACUUGAAAAUUUCCAGUGCUCAUUUUUUACCUAAAGUUGGUCGUCCAAUAGUGACUCCUAAUUUGGAAAAAAUGGAACUCAUUGAAACCUCUAUACUUGAAUGUCCUGAGCUGUUAACUUUCCCCAUGACUACUAAAUUUAAAGAUUGUUUUUUCGAUGCACAAAUGUUGCAAAAUGAUUGUUAUUUCGAACCUUUUAAAAAUGUGAAAACUUUGGAAAUUUUGAGCUGUGCAGGAUUCAAAAAAAUGUUAGGACUUGAGUUUCCUUCUUUAGAGCGUUUAAUAAUUAUUAAUGAUCUUGGAACUGUGCAAAUUUCGAACAUAAAGGCCCCAAAGUUAGGCUUGUUGAGUGUUCGUUCACUCGAAGAAACAGUACGGAUUGAAGAUUGUCAAUUUGGUAGACUGGAAAGGUUUGAAUUUAGUGGAUCAGCUAUUGAUAGUUGUAAAAAAAUAUGGGCACCAAACUUGAAAGUCAUGGAAAUCGCAAUACUCUUUGAUAAUGACGAUGAUGAUGAUCUAAAUUUUAAUCAAAAGAUUGAUGGAAAUUUGUUUGGUAAUGUUUCGCAAUUGACAAUGUUAACUAGGAGUAUCCCUUACAUUGAUACAUCAAACCUUCAAAAUUUAGAAUACUUGCAUCUUGCUGAAAAGGGUCGAUAUGAUCAUGAUGGGUUA